ACAACCAUUCAUUAUCCACACGCACCCAGUAAACAAACACAACUAGAAGAGGUCCUUCCUCUCAACCAAAACAACACAUAGCAGAGAGAGAGCAACAAUGGCGUGGUCCUCAACAACCUUCUCUUUUGCUUUCAAAGUCUCACCCCCAAUUGCUCGCUCUUCUACUACUAGUCUUCGUACCACUCCUACCAUUGUUCGCCUCUCACAAUUCACCAAGAAAUCCUCACUCAACCUCAGUUCCUCACACACCAUAUCUGGCUUCUUCCCAAUCCUUCCUCGUCUCAACUUUCCCACUCCAAACCCCCCAUCUCUCACCGUCGUCUCUGCAAAAGGCUACAAAAUGAAAACCCACAAGGCUUCGGCGAAGCGAUUUCGAGUCACGGGUAGUGGGAAGAUUAUGAGGAGGAGAGCUGGGAAGCAGCAUUUGCUUGGAAAGAAGAAUACCAAGAGGAAAUUGCGACUCUCCAAGAUGCUACAAGUUAACCGCAGUGACUAUGACAAUGUCAUUGGUGCCUUGCCAUAUCUGAAGGGAUGAAGUACUGGACGAGCUCUACAUAUUGAACGGUUCUGAUUAUUGAAACGGGACUCGUGGUGAGUUCUACAGGUCCAACAGAUCCAACAGUACGGUCUAGUCCACUUUGUGGACUGGAGAAAUGCCCAUCCCUUUCUCUUACUGUAAGGUCUCUCCUAAAUGGCCAUUCUGUGAUAAUGUUAGGUUCAUUACCUCCUAACAUGUUUGCUAUGGUCAAUUGCAACUUCUUUUCACAACACAGUUGUAAUCUAACCUAGGGGAGGGGAGGGGAGGUGAGACUCGAAACCCAGACUUGGGGUCUAGUAAAAGGGGCCCUUACCACUUGGGCUACCCUUUUGUCUCAACUGCAUAAUGUUGUUGAGAGCAAGGCAGGCAAGUGGUAUGACAAAGAACUGAUGAAACUUUUGAGUUUUAUAUAAAUGGAUUGCAUAGUGCUCUUAUUAAAUUCCUAUUAAUAGUGAGAGAUCUAAUAACACAUGCAUGCUAUUUUCUCCUA